CUUAUACAAAAUGAACCGUCUAUGCAUCUCCCCUUCUCUCACUCUCACUCGCCACCUCCCCCACCACCAUCAUUCCGGCAAGUACCCGCCGGCGGCGGCGGCGGCGUUCUUCAACAAGCUGUCCUCCCUCCCACUAAACUCAUGCUUCUCUCAGUUCUGCUAUCUCCUCUCCCUCUCCCUCGUCGGGUACUGCAUCCUCAACUCCCUUAACACACGACCUACUGGCACUGCCUCCGACGACAUCCCUGGAACCCUCGACUACUUCUUCACCUCGAUCUCCGCCACCACCGGCUCCAGCAUGGCCUCCGUCGAGAUGGAGGUCUUCUCCGACUCCCAGCUCCUCCUCAUCACCUUCCUCAUGUUCCUCGGGGGCGAGGUCUUCACCUCCCUCCUCGGCCUGGUCAUAAAAAACUAUAAAAUGAGGAAGGAGGUGACCAGGCUCGUUUCUGCCAGUAACAACGACGGCAAAAACGAGCCCACACCCUUCAAUCCGCGUUACGAGCUGGAGCUGAGAGCGGUAGUGGUACCGCUCUCAGUCCCAGACAUUCUUCCGGCUCAUCAUCAGAACCACCACCACAACAACACCACCACUAAGGAGGACUGGUCAGAGGUACAUCUGAAGCGGAAGUCGAUUCAGUUCCUGUGCUAUGUGACGCUGACUUAUCUCACGUCGAUUCACGUCCUGGGCAUUUCUUCGCUCUCUCUGUACCUGGCGCUCGAACCGAGCGCCAGGAACGUCCUGAGGGAGAAAGGACUCGGGACGUUCACUUUCUCCCUCUUCACCGUGGUCUCCACAUUCACCAACUGCGGGUUCCUCCCCACGAACGAGAACAUGAUCCCGUUCGGGAGGAACCCGGGGAUGCUCCUCCUCCUCAUCCCUCAUGUUCUGUUGGGGAACACUCUGUCCCCGUCCUGCAUCCGCCUCUGCGUCUGGUUGGCGGGGAAGUUGUUCCCCAAGAACAACGCAGAACAUUAUUCGAAAUUCCUGCUCGAGGUAAAGCGCGACGGGGUGACGAACGGGAUUCUCCUCCCGGGGAGGCACUCGGCGUAUCUGGCGGCGACGGUGGCCGGGUUGGUGGCGGUGCAGUUUGUGAUGUUCUGCGGGUUGGAUUGGGACUCGGAAGGGAUGAAGGGGCUGAAUCCGGUUCAGAAGCUGGUGGGUGGGGCUUUCAUGGCGGUGAAUUCGAGGCACGCCGGAGAGAGCAUCGUGGAUUUGUCGACGAUUUCGCCGGCGGUUCUGGUGGUGUUCGUCGCUAUGAUGGUAUCUUCCUCCAUACACGUCGUUCCUGCCCACAGAAAGAGAAAGAGAAGAGGAACAAGAGGACAGAAACAGUCGUGAUAAUAAUAUUAUUAUUCAAAAUAGCAACACUACUGGAGAGAAAAGGGCGGGAAAUAUUGUGGAGAAUGUGAUAUUCUCGCAGCUCUCUUUUCUGGUCGUCUUCGUCGUCAUGGUGUGCAUCACCGAGAGGGAAAGCUUGAAGAAAGAUCCCCUCAAUUUCAACGUCUUCACCAUUGCCUUCGAAGUUGUCAGUGCAUAUGGGAAUGUUGGGUAUUCGAUUGGCUACAGCUGCAAGAGAUGCAUUAACCCUGUCGAGAAUUGCCAGGACAAAUGGAUCAGCUUCUCUGGGAAAUGGAGCAACCAAGGCAAGAUCGUCCUCAUUCUGGUCAUGCUCUUCGGCAAGCUCAAGAAGUUCAACGUCAAUGGCGGCAAGGCCUGGAAACUCCUUUGAACAUUGUACAAUUUCCCCCACAAUAGUAUGCCACGUCCCUAAGUAAUGUUCAUCAUUCGAAGCAACAUGAUCGAUGAUGAUCAAGAAUAACUUGUGCAUACAUACAUACAUAUCAAAUGUGUGUGAAAGACAGUUCUUGUUGUUGAUUCUUUCCUUCGACAUGUCGGAUUCGAUCGUCUGAGUCAAUCACGUACAGGUUCGUUCGAAUCGGUCCUACCCUUAUCAACAGAAUUCACCAGAGGAGGAGGCUGAUUAGGAUUAAGGGAAGAAAGAUCAAUCACUGUAUUCAUCCCAUGAAACAUAUGGUUUAUAUAGGUAGUACAUAAUCCAGUGUUAGAACAGAGUACAACAUGUUCCAGCUCCACCAUUGUCAUUGCCGAAGUCGGAUCAUGCGUCAUCUUCUGCCACCGUAGGAAGAUGAUGUAGUACUCGACCGGCUCCUCGAGCUAUCAUAACCCGAUUGAAGAUCGCUGAACACAUCCUGGCUGCUCUGGCUGUUCAACGGCGAGCUCCCCGUGCUCCCGCCAAACCCGAACCCUCCAGCGGGCGAGACAUCAUCUGCAAGCGUCCUCAACCGGUCGAGCUCCGGCAGCACCACGUUCCCCAAAUCCGGCCUGUCUUUCCUCCUCAAUUCGGCGCACUGAAGCGCCAGGUUGGCGAACCUCAACGCCUCCUCGACGGGCCAGUCCGGCACAGUCGGGUCGAGCAUCUCCGCAAACGUCCCCUGAUCGAUCGCCCUCUGGACGUGGUGGGUUAGCCCCAUGGGAGGCUUCGCCGUAAUGAUCUGAAGCAGCAUAACGCCUAGCGAAUAGAUGUCAGACUUCACCCCGAGCAUUCCGGUCUGCUGGUACUCCGGAUCGAUGUAGCAGAACGUUCCUGCGGUCGAUGUCAUCCGGUACUGGGUCACAGAGUCGGCGACAGAGGGAGGGACGAGCCUCGCCAGACCGACGUCGCUGAUCUUGCUGACGAAAUUGCGGUCGAGCAAGAUGUUGCCGGGCUUGAGAUCGCGGUGGACUAAUGGUUCUGGCUUGGUCUGGUGGAGGAACAGCAGGCCGGUUGCGAUUUCUGCCGCGAUUCGGAACCUUAGCUGCCAAGAAAGGGGCGGGGUGUUGCCUCUCAUGAAUAGCCUGUCUUCCAAGCUACCGUUGGCCAUGUACUCGUAGACCAAGCAGCCGUAUUCGGGGCAAGCUCCGAGCAGGAGGACCAUGUUCGGAUGGCGAAUGCAGCACAGAACCUCCACCUCCUGCUGGAACUGUGACCUCCCCUGAGCUGCAUCGGGACGAAGAACCAUGAUUGCAACCAGCGUGUGAUCGAGAUGAGCUCUGUACACGGGGCCAUACCCGCCUUCUCCGAUUUUCAAAUUGUUCGCGAAGUCAUGUGUCGCGGAUUCGAUUUCUUCGAUGUCGUAUUUCCUGUACCGAAUAUCGGCACCGCCUUGGGACAGAGAUGUUCCUGCUUUCUUUCUCUCCUCUGCAUCUUGUAUGGCUCUCAACUCUGCAGCGCGUCUCUUCUGAGCUUCGAAUUGGGCGACUUUCUCGGCGGCUUCGGCUGCCUCGAGUGCUGCUUUGCACUUGGCUUUCUCCUUCUCGACGAGAGCCAGUGCGGCUUCUUCGGAGAAUCUCGCCGCCUCGAGCCUCUGCUCUUCCUCCAUUCUCCACCGGUGAAGCUCCCUGGCUUGUUGUUUCGCCGAGAGAGCUUCCUUGCAAGCUGAGCUGUACAUCUCCAUCGUUUGCCUCAGCUCUUGUCUCAGCCUUCUCAUCUCGGCUUCCAUGUCGUCCUGCAAAAAGAUGGCACGUUUUGUCCCAAGUAAG